AGUCCUAUUCUGUCAUCUCAUCUGUCAUCAAAUUGAUUGUGUCAUUGGUUUUAAUGUAAAGGGACCGAUUUAUUUAUAAAUGGAAGUAUUUAAUUACAUUACUUGUUUAUUGCUGAUAAAAGCAGAUUAGAAUUUACGUGUUAAGCCUAGUUCCCGUAAAAGUGUUUUCUUACUGAUGACGAAUUUAUAAUUCAACAAACUGAAGUUUCAGCUACAAAUUUGUAGGGUUCAUUUAGCAGAUGUCAGGAAUUUAGGUUUUUUUUAUUGUUAAUAUUAUAUAAUUCAUUUUAAGGAGAAACUAUUAGCCUAUGACUCAAUAACUCUACAACCGAUGUCUUGAUCUUAUAACUAUAUACUACAGUUUCCCCCCCAAAAACAAUCAUCAUUGGUGUAUCGUUAUCAACGAGGCCUAGGCUUAGUACAGCCUCAACAAAAGGCUAAUAGUCCCAACAAAAGGUUCAAUAGGAUAGUAACUAAGCUCAAACGCCUUGACUUACCUUCUUGAAACUCUGAUAGUCAGACUGAAUUUAAAGUUAAGUCAUGGAAAGUCCUGAAAACGAAUCGACUCACCCAUCGAAAGACAGUGUGGCGGAUGAUAAUGAUGUUUUCCUCAAACUACAACGGCUGACGGAGCAGGCAUCUCAGCAUGAGAGUGAGAAACAACAGAUGAGAGAGGAGUUUGGAUUACAGCGAGCUAAGAUGAAGGAGCUUUACCUACAGAAGGAAGACGAGAUCAAGCGAGGGACGUCAGAGCAAACUCGCUUGGCUAGUGAACUCAAGAGGCUACAGAGUGAGUUAGAGGAGGCUCGAGUUCAAGUUACUCUCGCCCGACUUGAUCUAGAUGAAGAGAAACGCAAGUUCCAGGAUGAGAUUGCCUCUCUGCAGCAGUUAGUCACAGAAACAGUGGAGGAAUCAAGUCGUUAUGAGUCUGAACUAAAGGAUCUGCGGAAGAGCAACGAACGUUUAGAGGCAGAGAUUCUAGAGUUGCGGUCGGUUGCUCACGGUUCUCACGAGGCCCCAUUGCUAGCAGCACCUGGUGCAAUGAUCUCUACUCUGGCGCGCAGAGUCGCCUCGCAGCUCGGUGCAGAGACUUCCCCUGCCCCUCCCCCGCCUCCUGACAACUUAGAAGAGAGCAUGAGGAAGGUAAACAAAUAUGCCAAAGAAGAUGCUGAAGUGCUGAGAUCACUUGUGAUUCCAUUAGAAGAAGAAAUUAACGCCCUGAAAGAGAAGCUGCGCGCCAAUGAUCAACUCCUCCGCAAAUAUCAAGCGGAAGAAGGAUCUCAUGCGGAAUCUGUUGACACAACCAGUAGUCUUUUGGAGUCUCCAGCUGCUGAUACACCACCUGGAUCAGGUCAAGAAAAUUUUAGAGGAAGUGUAUCAUCUAGUCAGUCUAAAGUUCCUAGCUCUCCUUUGAGAAAUUCAAUAGAGAGCAAACUUGUUGACUCGUCACCGGAAGCCAAGUGUCCCAUGUGUCAGAACUACGAGGCCCAGCUGGUGACAGAGCAGACCAAAGUAACGGAGCUGCAGCGGCAACUACAGCUGAUGGAGAGAACCAAAGACGACCUGACUAGGGAAGUGGCAGCCAGACAGGAUAUGGAGCAGAGAUGGAAUGAAAACAAAGAAGAACACAAGGCUCAGGUGGCAGAGCUGCAGCAGAGGAUGGUGACAAGUGAGACAGCCCUGAAGGAGACUCGAGAUGCCUUCAGACAGAUGGCAGCCAGUGUCAGCAAGGAGCUGGACAGACUGAAGGCUCAGAGGGAGCAGACACAGAGGGAUCUGGACAGUGUUCAACUAGAAAAUGAUAAGCUAGUAGGAAGAUAUAACGCUCACUCCCAGGAACUGCAAGAUGCUUUCAUAGAUUUGCCAGAUAAAGUUGAGGAGCUCCAGGAGAUGGUGUUGAAAUGUAGAGAAGAUCUCAUAGCUGCACGGGUGGGCCAGGAGAGAGCGGAGGCUAUAGCAGCUACACAGAGAGAGGAGGCUCAACUGUACUUGAGUCAUAGUCAGGCAGAACAACAACAGAGGCAAGAGCUGGAGAACCAGCUGGCCACAGAGAUCAACAUCCUCAAGACACAACUGAAUAAAGAAGAAAUGUUGCGUAAAGAGAAACAAAAAAGAAUUCAGAUAUUGGAACAUGCAGAAGUCAACAUUCGAUCGGAAAUGGAAGACCUGAAGUCACAGCUUGACAAUGUUAAACAUGCAAAAAGGCUCUUAGAGGAUGAUGUUAAUGAGCUUCGCAGUAGAGUAACAUCCCUACAGACAGAGCUAGACAACGGGGAGACUGUACAGAAGGACUUUGUGUUGUUGUCCCAGUCCCUGCAACAGGAGUUAGAGAGGAUACGUAGUGCUGACACACAGGUGAGAUGGGAACACUUGGAAGAUGUAGACGAAUGCCACGGAUGUCACACACAGUUUACAAACAACAGGCAAAAGAACCACUGCCGCCACUGCAUCAGGGUGUUCUGCGCCAACUGUCUAUCCCACACUGUGAUGAGUGGCCCCAACAAUCGGCCGUCCAAGGUGUGCAACGUCUGCCACACAGUCCUAGACAAGGAUACGGCUCCUUACUUCAGCACUGACCCUCCCCAGUCCAACGACUAAACCUUCCACCAACUUUGAUCAUUUAUAGGGAAAGUUGUUAUAACACGUACCAUUGAGGAAACCUUUGGCAUUCCUGCCCGCCUUUGAGAGUUUCCAUUACAAUCAACAUUACUGGGAAAUAUUUGAAGCUAAAAUAUUCAUUUACAACCUAAGUCCAGGAAAUUACAUUUGAUACAAGACCUUACUGAUGUACUAUGCAAGAGUAACAGAAAAAUAAUCUACCCACAGUUAAGCAUACAAAUUCUCAUCAAUAGUAACAUGAAUUACUUUAACUCAACUUUGCUUACAAAAUCUUAAAAUCAUAUACAAGUUUUUUCUUGUGGUGGAACAUUAUUAUUAUUGGAAUCAGUAAAAGAAAACAACUAAAUAUUAUUGGACAACAUUAGAUAGAGUAAGACUUUUUAAUUAAGAUCUUUGCUGUCAAAAUUAAAAUAACUUUUUCUUGGAAGGAUACCAAUGAGUCUAGAUUGUGGUAUAGGAAAUGUGAUUUUCAAAUUUCAGUAUCAGUAUUUCUGCCUUGUAAAUGUUGAGUAAUUUUGCUUACACAAUAUUAAAAAGCUUUAACUUGUUAUGUAAUGACAUAUUUUGAAAGAUGUAUUAAAUAUUUUCUAUUUGAUCACAAAACUAGACAGAACUAUUACAACUCCCACAUCCAACCUUCCAAAAAAUCUGCCUCUGACUAUAUCCAACUGCAACCAUGUACUUAGACUUGGCAUUAGGCUCCCCAAGUUUUGGACACCAUAAGAGUAUACUGGGUGAAAAUAAUCUGAUUGGAAUUGUUAAGGCUGUUUUUACUCAUUUUAUACAAUAUGAAAACUGAGCAAAAAUUAUUAUCAUUAACUCUCACUCUCACUGAAUAGUUUAGUUCAGCGUGAAUGUAAUUGUCAGUA